UUCUUUCUCUGCCGCUCACUCGCACAACUCGUUCGCCGUCGGCCCGGCCGCCGGAGCGGGGAGGCCUCAGCCGGCGCUGCCGCCAGACAUCGCUCGCGGCUCGGCGGCGCCCGCCUGUGUGCGCGCGCCUGCCGGGGACGGCGCGCGGUUGGUCGCGCGUGCCGGGGGAGGCGGCGGCUGCGGGAGCGGGGGUUCCAGCGCAGGCACUCGCCGCCCGGCUCGUUCCCCGACUCCUUCCGCCCGCCCGGCGAGCGGUUGCCGUUGGAGGCGGCCAUGGGGAGGAGGUAGCGCUGUCGCCGUGUUCCAGCGGCCAGAGGGAGGGCUGGGCUGAUCCGGCGGUGUCCCCGCCGGGGCUGGUGCGGGGACCUGCCCGCCCUCUCGCCGGGAACCGGCUGACUGACUGACCGGUCGCGGAGGGGGGUGCGCGCUUGUGUGGUCCCGUCCCUCGCCGCCUCCCCCCGCUCCUCCCGCAGGCGGCCGCCGCUGCGGUGGUUACCGCCUCCCCUUGAAGAUGAAGAGGCGGCAGCUGCUGCUUCUGGGUCUGGCUGCGGGGGAGAAACCUGGAUAGAGGCUCCAAAGAAAAAGAAACAAAAAAAGGGGGGCAGAGAAAGCCGCCGGCUGGCCGAGGGGGAGCUGGGCGUUUUUCUCACCUCGCUCCGGGCACAAGCACAGCGAAAGUAGGGAAGCCGCUCCUCCGCGCUGAGGGGAGGGAGCAGGAUGCGGGGGGGGGCCCGGCAGUGCUGUGGGCCGUGGGCGAGAGGCUGCGGCGCGGCGGCGUGCGGGCGCCCGCGGCGGCUCUGAGGCGGGCGGUGAGGAUGGUGGAGGGAGGGAGGGAGGGAGAGGUCCCGGCAGAGAUCUCCCACCGGCGGCGAAGCCUUCUUUUCUCCUCCUCCCACCCUCCCUUCCGCACGGUCGCCCGCCCCGCGAGGCUGAGGCGCUGGGGAGCAUGAGGCGGCGGCGGGGACCUGUUGUGUAGGGGCAGGCGGGGGUUAAGCGCGGCGGCGGCGCCGCCCGGGGCGCGGGGCGUGAGGCGGGGGAGCGGUUCGGCGGGGAGGGAGGAUGAGGAGCUGCUGCCGGGGCGCUGGUGUCUGUCGGGGACCGGCCCAGCCCCGGGCUGACUCCGGCUCGGGAAAAUCUCCUUCGGUGGAGUCGUGACAAGGGGAGAAGGGCCCGCGGGGAGCCCUGCGCCGCAAGGUCUGCGCGGAGCGGCGGCCGCUUCCCGCUGAAUUGCGGCUUCAGGAAGAAGAGAACUGGAAGUGUUUCUCGGAAGCUGGAGUUGCAGACUGGUUUCUUUCUUGCCUUUUUUUUUCUUAAUGGGUUGUAACGCAUGUCUCUGGAGGGAACGUUUUAGGAAUGGUCAUUUUUAGCAGUGAAAUCUGCAGCGCAAAGAAGGAUUAUAACAAAUCUCUAUGAAUGAUAGACUCGAUUGCUAAACUUUGCCUUGACCAACUUCUGACCCUCGGAGAGAUCUCUCAGGGUGUGCGUGGGAAGGAGAAAAAAAAACCCACAACUCCCACUUGAAAAUAAACUUGAAAAAAGAAAGACUAGUUUUUUUGGACAGUCUAACUGCUUUUUAAUUAUUUUUUUUGGUCUUGUUUUGUGGUAAGUUGUUUUAAAAAGGAUUGUCCUACACAGUUGUUUUGUAACUGGUGGAGGAAGGAAGGAUCCCUCUCAAGCAUUUCUGAUCUGACAGCUUUGGUUUCUGAAGAGUUAACUGGUGGUUGCAUGAUACACCUAUUGCUAGUCUGGUAGCGGACUUUUCGUCUUUUUGCUAUUUUUAUUAACUGGGGCUGGUGGAGAGGGUUGUCUUGGUCAGAAGAAUAUUUGCACAUACAUAUAUUGUAUAUAUUUUUAGUGGGGUUCUCCCCACAUUUUACUCUCUCUUCAUGACUCCUGGAGGUGGUAGUGGGCCCAUGAAAGACUGUGAAUACAGUCAGAUCAGCACACACAGCUCUUCGUCUCCCAUGGAGUCUCCCCAUAAGAAAAAGAAAUCAGUUCCCAAGAGAAAAUGGGAGGUUUUUCCUGGAAGAAACAAAUUCUUCUGCAAUGGGAGGAUCAUGAUGGCUCGACAGACUGGAGUGUUCUACCUGACUCUCGUUCUCAUCUUGGUCACCAGUGGACUCUUCUUUGCAUUUGAUUGUCCGUAUUUGUCAGAGAAGAUUACACCUGCCAUACCUGCAAUUGGUGGGAUUCUUUUCUUUUUCGUGAUGGGGACCCUGCUGCGCACUAGUUUCAGUGAUCCUGGUGUCCUCCCCCGCGCAACACCAGAUGAAGCAGCAGAUCUAGAGAGACAAAUAGGUAACACCGAAGAUAUUGCCAAUGGCUCCAGUUCAGGAGGAUACCGCCCCCCUCCCAGAACAAAAGAAGUGAUCAUCAAUGGACAGACAGUGAAACUAAAAUACUGUUUUACUUGCAAGAUUUUCCGCCCACCUCGUGCCUCACAUUGCAGCCUUUGUGAUAACUGCGUAGAACGGUUUGAUCACCACUGUCCCUGGGUAGGCAACUGUGUGGGGAAAAGAAACUACAGAUUUUUUUAUAUGUUUAUUUUAUCUCUGUCCUUUCUGACAGUCUUUAUAUUUGCAUUCGUUAUCACCCACGUCAUCCUUCGUUCUCAACAAACAGGGUUCCUCAAUGCCCUGAAGGACAGUCCGGCAAGUGUGCUGGAAGCUGUGGUGUGUUUUUUCUCAGUAUGGUCCAUUGUGGGCCUCUCAGGUUUUCACACAUAUUUGAUCAGCUCCAAUCAAACAACAAAUGAAGAUAUUAAAGGAUCAUGGUCAAAUAAAAGAGGUAAAGAGAACUAUAAUCCGUACAGUUAUGGCAACAUCUUUACUAAUUGCUGUGCUGCACUCUGUGGGCCCCUCUCUCCAAGCUUAAUUGACAGAAGAGGAUUUAUACAACCAGAUACACCACAAUUAGCAGGACCAUCAAAUGGCAUUACUAUGUAUGGGGCCACACAAUCUCAGAGCAACAUGUGCGACCAAGAUCAGUGCAUUCAGAGCACUAAAUUCGUUUUGCAGGCUGCUGCCACCCCCCUACUACAGAGUGAGCCAAGCAUAACUAGUGAGGAGCUACCUUUACCAGGAAAGACUUCUAUCAGUGGGCCUUGUGCAACUCUAACGCUAGGGCAACCAACACCACCAUCUUCUAUGCCAAAUCUCACAUCAGAUACAGGUUUGACAGACAUGAUACCACUGAAAGAGGAACACGAAGGCCAUCAGUUUCUCACCCCUGAAGAAGCUCCAUCACCCCCUGGGAUGCUGCCAAGUGGAAGCCCUAUUGCACACAGCCAUACAAUGCACGUCCUGAGUCUAGCCAGCCAGGAUUCAUUGCAUGAAGACUCAGUACGUGGUCUUGUGAAGCUUAGCUCAGUUUGAACAGCUUUUAUUGAACAUUGCACCAUUUCUUGGUGUCUAUACAAAUCUCUUAACAGGAAUGACACUGCAGUACCACUGUAAGACUUCAUAACAUGCCUAUAAUGGAAACUUUAUCACGUAAUGGAGUCUACUAAAAAGACAAGUUAUUUUUUCAGUGGAGCUAUGGCAUUUUUUGACCAAGUUGUUAAUGGUUGUGCUUUGAUGGUGACUGCAUUUUGUUUUUAAGCAAAACCAGAAAUGGUCAAUAAUCUUGUUUCGUGAAGCUUGGGUACAGCAAGUUGGAAGUCAGCCUGUAACAAACACCAUGUACAAUACAAAAGAGAGAGAUUCUUGGAUGUAAGUGUCAUGCUCUGUGUUCUAUGCUCUUGUAAUACACACUUGUUAAGGCUUACCACACUUGUGGCCAGAAUGAUCUGCACUUACAUGUUAUGCUACUAAUAUUUGAGAUAGAAAAUUAUCAUUCCAUUUGUUAAUAUUAAAAAAAAAGACUGCAGAUAUGGAUUUGCAUGCCACGCUACAGUAUGUGUUACAGUGGUGUUGGUAUUAAGAGAAAGUGCUGCUUUUUUAUUUGUGACUUUCAAAGUGCUGUUUCAUUUAAAGACAGUGCAACAAACAAAUUAAUGGACUAUAUUAUUUUUUCAACGUAUAAAAGUUUAUUUUAAAUUAAUCAGUGGUGCCUAGACGAUGGAGAAUUACUGAUUUGAUCAUGUUGCAUAUCAUUUAACCUUCUGUUUAAGUGUUUAGAGUGAGGUAUUGUGUUGUGCCAUACCAUGAGAUUCUUCCACUCCCUAAUGUGAUACAAUUACCUGUGGACUUCCAAUAAAAUGACAUCCUCUAUUUCUUGGA